GGCAAGUGUUUUCGGGCGGCUCAGUUCUCCACCGGCCGGCAUCUUGACUGGACGUCCAGCACACGACGGCAAGCGUACGGCGGCGUGCGUCUCCGCUGUGCCAGGGAAAGGAGUCAUAGAAGAGUGACAAAUAAAGGCGGACGGGAACACCCAUACACUCACUACUCCCAUCCACUAAAGCGUUCAGGUGGCGUGCGCACUACAACAGUAAAUUUGUCUCCGGACCUGCCUUCACUAUGCAUUCAGCAGCUCCCUAAGCUGUAAGUGUGUAUGUGUGUAUGUGUGUAUCCCCCGACCGCGACGACACUAGCAAACACAAACAAAAACAACCGGGUGGCGGAAGGUACAAAGGCAACCACAGGCAUCGGUGCGGCGGGGUAGCAGUGCGGUGCAAAAGCGAAAGCGGCGGUUACGACUAUGCCACCGGCAGCGUCGUCCGGACGGCGGGGCAAUGGGACGGCGGCACCAGGGCACCAGCAGCGCAAGGGCAAGGGAGGUGGCGGUGGCAGCGGCGGCACGGUCGUGAAGGGUGAGGGUUCUGGCGCUGCCCGGGCGCCCCAGGACCCGGACGAGGAUACCAAUGCCGGCUUCGGGAAGUAUUUAAGAUCGCAGGAAGGAAUAGAAAUGAUGAAGCUGUUCGUGAUCGCUAACACGAUUGUGGUGUUUGUUACGAUGGCCUGGCCCCAGAUGCAACAGUCUUACCGCAUUUUGCGCUCGCUUCUGUUCAGCGACGAGGACGACGAUGCUGGCGAGCUCUAA